AUGAAACCCAAGAAGUCAAGCCUCGAGGGCGCGCCACCGGAGGUCGUCAGCGAGAUCGCAGCGUUCCUUGAACGAUCGGAAGUCGGAGAGCUUCGGACGCUAUCGCGCGAGAUGAACAGCAAGCUUGCCUUCGCGUGGGCGUCUUACUUGCGCCGGACGACCGUCACGUUCAACGCCGGCGAGUUUUACCACCUCGCAAACCUCCUUGAGUCCGAGACGAACGCUAAGGCUGUACGCGCCUUGAUCAUAAGGAGAGCAGCGCCUCCUGAACUUGAGCAUGUGGAUACCCAGCAGUGGUGCUGCGGUGCGGGACAAGCUCAGUACUACCUGACCUUGGCUUUCCAGAAGAUGAAGAACCUUGAGCAGCUCGUGAUCGAAGGCUACUCGUUCGACAUGGACCACAUCAGCUGCGACCCAGCCUCUUGCGAUUUCAUUUCCGCUGUGCAUCGCAGCUUGCCGGCUAUCUUCGAGGCCGUCAAGCACAGUGGCAUCUCAGUCCCUCACCUGACCUUUGCGCAGCGCAAGAUGAACGCUUAUGCACGUCGGAGGCCGAGACUGCGCGAUGAGCAGGGACUCGGCCCUUGCCAGUCCAUGAUUGCUCCGCUUGCAACCGAAGUCCUAGCUAACACGAAAGUCUUGGUCAUCAAUGUGACAUGGACGGAUCUCAACAGGCUUCACGACCUCCAUCCCUCACCAGUGUUGGAGAUGGUCCGAGCUGCCCCUAUGCUUGAAUGUCUCGACAUCAGCAACGCCACUCCUUUGAUGUCAGGCCUCGGAAAUCUCUUGGAUUUCAUGCCAACUACUGGCUACUCGUCCCUUCGCAAGCUAAGUCUGUGUCGCGAGGGUAUCAGCAUGCAGAAUCUGAAGGGCUUCCUCGAGAACAACAAGCAAAUCAAGAAGCUGUUCAUCACCAAGGUCCAUCUUGACGGCGGAAAUUGGUUGCCCAUUCUGAAGCUCCUUCGGGACAAGUUUUCGCUCUCGUACAUCGUCUUCUACGCCAACAGCUGCCAGGAGGGCUGGGUCUUCUCGAAGUGGAACGGCAAAUUCGGAUGGCUGGUUGCGACUGAGAUGCCAUUCGAUGGCCCGGGUUCGGAGGAAUGGGUGUUCAUCGACCGUAGGGACGAUGGCGGUGAGAGCUUCAGCAGCGCCGUCAAGAUGCACGGCAUGAAGGAGGCGUUGUCCAUCUUCAUUGAUGGAUACUACACGGCUGAACGCCGUCUUGGAAACAUGCCCUACUUCUAG